UAAUUCUGAUAAGUUCAUAUUUUCUGAUGCGAUACCAACAUUCAAUUUCCACCUCCCUCCGCCUCAUUUCGGUCCGUUCAUGACUUUCUUCAAUCACGAGACUUUUGCCAUAAACUACUAGAACGGUCGCAAAGUCUCCUAAUUCUUCCCCGAACCUCUAUUUUUAAGGUAUUCAGCGGCACAACUAUCCCUACGACAAGAUGGUGCAAAUUAGUGAGGUCAAGGGCAACAAUCGCGAAAAUCGCACCGCUGCCCACACGCACAUUAAGGGCCUGGGCCUCAAGUCCGAUGGCACAGCUGAGAAACAGGCCGGUGGCUUCGUAGGCCAGCAGCAGGCUCGUGAGGCUGCUGGUGUCGUUGUCGACCUUAUCCGUGCUCAGAAGAUGGCUGGUCGAGGUGUAUUGCUUGCUGGUGGUCCCGGAACUGGAAAGACUGCGCUUGCGCUUGCGCUUAGCCACGAACUCGGCACAAAGAUUCCGUUCUGCCCUAUCGUCGGCAGCGAGAUCUACUCAACCGAAGUGAAGAAGACCGAAGUAUUGAUGGAGAACUUCCGAAGAGCGAUCGGUCUGAAAGUGCGCGAGACGAAGGAGGUUUACGAGGGUGAAGUUACAGAGCUUACUCCGGAGGAGGCGGAGAACCCGCUGGGCGGAUAUGGCAAGACUAUCAGCACACUGCUAAUAGGACUGAAGAGCGCAAGAGGCCAGAAGAAGCUGAGGCUGGACCCAAGCAUAUAUGAGGCCAUCCAAAAAGAGCGGGUUACGGUCGGAGAUGUCGUCUAUAUCGAAGCAAACACAGGCGCCUGCAAGCGAGUCGGGCGAUCAGACGCUUAUGCUACAGAGUUCGACCUUGAGGCGGAAGAGUACGUUCCUAUUCCCAAAGGCGAUGUCCACAAGAAGAAGGAGAUAGUGCAAGAUGUUACACUUCACGACCUUGACGUCGCCAAUGCUAGACCGCAAGGUGGCCAGGAUAUCAUGAGCAUGAUGGGCCAACUUAUGAAGCCCAAGAUGACAGAGAUCACCGACAAAUUACGAGGAGAGAUCAACAAAGUUGUCAGCAAAUACAUUGACCAGGGUGUGGCCGAGCUUGUCCCUGGUGUUUUAUUCAUCGAUGAGGCGCACAUGCUUGAUAUCGAGUGCUUCACGUAUCUCAACCGAGCACUAGAAACUACGAUUUCGCCUAUUGUUGUUCUUGCCUCAAACCGAGGUAUGUGCGCGAUCCGUGGUACGGACGGUGUUAUCGCUGCGCACGGCAUCCCUCCGGAUUUCCUUGCCCGACUUCUCAUCAUCCCCACCACUCCGUACGAUGCCGAGGAAAUCAAGAGAAUCGUACGCAUCAGAGCCACAACAGAAGGCGUACAAAUUACCGAUGCCGCUAUUGAUAAGAUUGCGGAGCAUGGCGUGCGCAUUAGUCUUCGAUACUGUCUCCAGUUGUUGACUCCUGCAAGCAUUCUGGCUCGAGUCAACGGCCGCAGCCAAAUUGAUGUCAAAGACGUUGCAGAAUGCGAGGAACUUUUCCUCGACGCAAGACGGAGUGCCGACUUGUUGGCUGGUGAGACAGGACGCGGGUUUAUCCAAUAAACGCGUCAUGUCUUGGAAGACGGGAAGCCUUAAACCACGGAACCGGACUCGUCAUAAUAAUCUAAUUUCGCAAGGCCACGGCCACCCGGAAAACAGCGAAAUAAUAAAAGGGAAAUCGGGUUAGGAAAAUCACGUUUGUUACGGAGGGGUUUCGGAGUUCCCAAAUGUAUGCACGUUAUGUUGGUUGAGAUCACAUUAUUCUCAAUAGAGACAAUCUGGUUGGUUGGUUGCUUCCCAAAUCGCCACAACCAACCCCUGAGACUUAAGACAUUGCAAAACGACUUCCAAUUUUCUUCAGAAAAAACUUGGUUCGAAUAAUGAAAAGAAUAUGAGUCCACGUGAUCGGUACCUAAGCUAAUUUCGGUUGACAUUGUCUUUGUUGUUACAGGAAUAGAGGGGGCUCGCGAGAGACAGCAUACAUUCUCUGCGUUCCAGCCGGAGGAUGGGGAGAGCAUUCCUAGUGUAUGCGUGUAUGGCUCAUCUUAGACUAGGGGUUUGUUAUGUCAAGCAGCUGAGGAAAACUCACCAAUUCCCUUUAAUAUUAGUAGACAAGGCCACUAUCACUAUUGAUCAUUGAUCUUGGGAAGGACUUUGUUAUUUGUAUACCUGUCACUUUUGUCCUGCUGUUUAGUAUGGCUGGCUUCUUAUUAUCAGCCAUACUGCG